CGGCCAGAAGGCACCGGGCAGCGCGCAGAGGAGCAGCGGGGUCAGCGGCUCGAGACCUUUGGGACUACUGCGCUCACCUGGACAGCGCCAAAAUGCCGCUGCCGCAGCCGGGAAGACCCGCCGCCGUGUGCGUUGCACUUUUAUUCUAUUCUCUUUUUCUGGAGCCGACUUUGGUGCUCGCGUUCAACCUGGACACCGGUCAUGUCAUCAGGAAGGACGGAGAGCCGGGGAGUCUGUUCGGGUUCUCCCUCGCCAUGCACCGGCAACUCAACCCGGAUAAGAGAAUGCUGUUGAUUGGAGCACCGAGAGCCAGAGCUUUGGGGAAACAGACAGCCAACAUCACAGGAGGCCUUUAUAAAUGUGAAAUGACUCAGUCUCCCCAUUGUGAGCGUAUUGAAUUCGAUAGUGAAGAGGACGUACGCGUUGAGAACAAGGAGAAUCAGUGGAUGGGGGUGACGGUUCAGAGCCAGGGACCCGGGGGAAAGAUUGUCACUUGUGCCCAUCGCUAUCAGAGGCGCUCGUUUGUGAACACGCCUCUGGAGUACCGGGACAUCACGGGGCGCUGUUACGUUCUGAGCCAGGACCUGACCAUCGACUCGCUCUCCGACGAGGACGGAGGUAACUGGAACUUCUGCAAGGGCAGACCCAGAGGCCACGAGAUGUUCGGAUCUUGCCAACAAGGUUUGGCUGCCACCUUUACCAAGGACUACCAUUACGUGGUGUUUGGAGCACCGGGAGCGUACAACUGGAAAGGCAUCGUUCGAGUGGAGCAAAAGAACAACACUUUGAUAGAGAUGGGGGUGUACGAUGACGGCCCGUAUGAAGUCGGAGAUGAGCAUCUCUUGAGCCCGGAGCUCGUGCCCGUACCCGCCAACAGCUACCUGGGAUUCUCCCUCGACUCGGGACACGGCAUCACGAGGGGCCGAGGCCUGACGGUGGUGGCUGGAGCGCCCAGAGCCAAUCACAGCGGAGCUGUGGUCCUGCUGAAGAAGGAGAGCGAAGCCUCCUCCAGGCUGUUGGUGGAGCACACGCUGCACGGCCCGGGACUCGCGUCCUCGUUCGGCUACGACGUGACCGUGGUCGACUUGAACGGUGAUGGAUGGCAAGACAUAGUUGUGGGAGCCCCUCAGUUCUACAUGAAGGACGGAGACGUUGGAGGAGCUGCUUACGUCUACAUCAACCAGGCAGGCAGGUGGGAUAAAAUCACACCCGUUCGGCUAAAUGGGACCAAGGACUCCAUGUUCGGACUUGCAGUGGAAAACAUCGGAGACGUCAAUCAAGACUCAUACGAAGACAUCGCCAUUGGAGCUCCUUAUGAUGACGGCGGUGCAGGGAAAGUCUUCAUAUACCACGGCUCUGCACAGGGAAUCACAACCGGCCCUGCACAGAUCCUUUCAGGAAAAGCGCACAACACGCGACUCUUUGGAUAUUCUCUGGCAGGGAACAUGGACUUGGACAGUAACUCGUAUCCAGAUGUGGCUGUGGGCUCCCUGUCGGACACAGCUCUGAUCUACAGGUCACGGCCCGUCAUCAGCAUCAGGAGAGAUGUCAAAAUAUCUCCAAAGGAAAUCGACCUCACAGCGAAAACCUGCGGUCAAAGCAUUUGCUUCACGGUGGACGCGUGCUUCACCUGGGAAUCAAACACCGCAUCUUACAACCCCAGACUGACUAUCGGCUACUCCAUCGAGGCGGACGGAGAUCGCAGGAAACACGGGCUGACCUCCAGGGUGAUGUUCCUCAACAAAUCCCGCACGGAAACAGACUUCCAGUUAAACGGCACCUUGGAUCUCCGCGGCCAAAACCAGAAGUCCUGCAUCAAGAUAACAGCCAAACUAAAAGACAACAUUAAGGACAAGAUGCGCAGCGUCCCCAUCGAGGUGUCUGCAGACAUCGCCGGGACUAAACGACAGAAGGCGAGGAACGGCCUCUCGCAGCUGAUGCCCAUCUUAGACUCCUCUCAACCAAGCAAAGACGUCAUUCAGGUGAACUUUGUGAAAGAGGGAUGUGGAAGGGAUCAUGUUUGCCGGAGCAACCUGAAGAUGGAGUACAAGCUGUACUACAAACAAAGCAACCUGGACGUGUACUCCCCACUGCCCGUGAAUAACAACGUGCCAGUUUUCCAUCUGAGUUACGAGAGGAAGGACUUGGCUCUGCGAGUGACGGUCAGCAACAUGAAUGAUGAUGAUGCUUACGAGGCGAAGCUGCUGGGGACGUUCCCGGACGCGCUGUCUUAUUCUGGAGUGCGCUCACAUGACAGAACGCUGGAAAAGCCGAUCAUCUGUACGGCCAAUCUGAACGGCUCUCAAGCAGAAUGUGAGCUGGGAAAUCCUUUCAAGAGAGACUCAAAGGCUACAUUUUACAUCAUCCUGAGCACUGUGGGUAUGACGCUCCACACCAACGAGAUCGACAUCAACCUGCAGCUCCAAACUACAAGUGUGCAAGAAGACAUUGUCCCCGUUAAAGUGAAGGCUAAAGUAAUCAUUGAAUUGCCGUUGUCGGUCAGCGGAGAAGCCAGUUCUAACCAGGUUUCCUUCGGGGGUGUCGUGAAAGGGGAAAGUGCCAUGAAGACAGAGGAGGAGAUUGGAAGCUUGAUAACUUAUACAUUCAGAAUACACAAUUUGUGGAAGUCUUCUGUCAAAGCUUCACUUCACAUCCAGUGGCCCAAAUGGAGCAAAGACGGUAAAUGGCUCCUGUACCUGGUGAAGAUCACCGCUGCAGGACCCGAGGACGUCCGCUGCUCUCCCGAGUCUGAAAUCAGCUCCCUCAAACACGUCCAGGAGGCCUCCGCGUCCAGAACAAGGCGUGAAAUUGGAGAAAGAAUAACUGUUGGCAGAAUGUCGUCAAUGUCAGACAAGAAGAAGGUUUUGACAUGUGACGGUGAGAUCAGAUGUGUGGUGCUCAAGUGCCCCCUACAGGGCAUGGACGGAACAUCACUUGAACUGAGAUCCCGUCUGUGGAACUCGACCUUUAUUGAGGAUUACGCCUCCACCCCAAACUUGCACAUCGUGGUGAAGGCCUCCCUCGUCCUCCAUACUCAGGCUAAAAACAUGAUCCUGAGAACUCCCCACACGGACGUGACGGUGUCCGUGUCCCCUGAAGGGGCGGUGGCGCAGCACACCGGAGUUCCCUGGUGGAUCAUACUGGUGGCCGUGCUCGCAGGCAUCCUGAUCCUGGCUUUGUUGGUGUUUCUGCUCUGGAAGUGCGGUUUCUUCAAGAGGGCGUCACAAGACCAAUACGAUGCUGCGUAUCAGAAGGCAGAGAUCCAUGUUCAGCCCUCUGACAAAGACAAGCUCUCUGCUGAGGCCUGAGCGUUGCUCUGAUCGGGGUGCGGAUUCUUUAAACGCUCCAAACGAGACGACAGCGUCCCAAGUUACCACGCGGUGCGGAUCAGAAAGGACUCCCCCGAGCACCAGGAUGGAAAAGUCAAGCUUGAUCUCCUUGAUAAGAAGCCGUGGAUGACGAAUUGGAUGGACAGUGAAAGUUACUCGUGACUCGUCUUACGGGUGUAAUGAUUUUUUGCAAACUGCUUUAAGCGGUUUUAAGCAGGUUACCUGCAUCAGUCUCAAGCCACAAACUGGAAGGACUUUUUCUUCUUCACCUGGAGAACAUCAGUAAUGUUCCUUUUUAGGGAGAAUCAGUUGUCUUUGAAUUGUUUACACUGAAUACAUUACAUUUUUUUUGUAAGUUUUGUAAAUAUUUAAAUACUUCUGCACACUGUAUAUUUAUUUUUUGAUAAGAAAAUAAUUUCAUGCAGCCAAAGAGUUUUUUUUCCGGUUAGGAUUAACGUACAGCGUCACUGUUUCUAUGCAAGGAAGGUGCUUCUAGGUCAGGAGUAUGGAUCUGUCCCAUUGGGUUGACAUGUAGGUACAUUAUCAUUUCAACAAUUAUUCAAGGUGCAUAAAUGUCUUUUUCCACAUCCGUUACCUCAUUAAGGUAGCAACCACUGUACGUUAGGUGAACACUGAGAAAGAUCUUUUGUUCCGUGUAGUCCACGGGAAAGACGCUGAAUAGAAAAUGCAAUGUUAAGUUUUAGAGAUGAAUUGAAUGUUAAUGACUUGAUGUGUAAUAAAAAGGUUUAAACAAUGAA